GAGAUAAGUAAUUUUUUCUCACUACAUUCUAAACACUGUAACUACAAUAAAUGUUAUGGAGAGUGCCGGUCUCAACAGAAAUGCUCUCAACACAAAAAAAGACUUUUCUACAAAAAUCGGUCCGAAAUCGGUCCCGAGCAGUGCCGUCUUCAGAACAUCUCGGUGAAUCGACGGAGCCAACGAGGCAGCCAACGAGGCAACACAGGAUCCAUCAUACACUUGUGUUACGAAGGUUCUGAAACUCCGAGUAGUAAGGCCGUGUCUUUGAGUUGCUGCAGCUCUGCUGUGAUGGACUGGAUUGUGUGCAUGACAUCGGGGAUGGAGACUUUCAACCUUGUGUGGCGUGAGGGUUAAGCUGAUUUGUCGGUAUUUUUGUAAAAGUUACGGAAUUGAUUCCCAGAAUGAUAUUUAUGCCACCCGUUGAUAGCAAUGCAUUGAUUCCGCGUUGUCCCUACUAUCUGCGAUGUCCCUUCUCAACGAAAUUGUCUAUUUCGGAUUUCGGUGGAACUUAAUUUAGAUAGUUCUAAAAUAAUUCCGACACAAAUGGCUUAACCCUCACGCCACACAAGGUCGGCUCCUUCAACGGGUUCAGUGUUGCAUGUCGAAAUCCUCCAUUCCUGAUGUCGUUGGAUCCAUAAGUGUUGAUCGCAGUAGCCUAUAUGAGCUUGGAGGCGGUGCUGUUGUUGAUUUCUUUCAGAAUGAGGGUGGAGGGUGUUGUUGACUCCGUCUUGAAAUUGUGUUCGAAGGCCUCUGGACUGUGCAAAACAGCCGAUCAAUUGGUCUUAACAACGCCAUGUACGAAUGAGAAAGACAUCAAUUUUAAGCUCACUGGUGCAGAAAGCGUUGAAGACAACUUUGAGGGUGUUACUGUCUGGUGGUCACGGUCCGCGUCUUCUGAAAACGCAACCCGCGGAACGAAGCGUGGAAGAGGAACUUUCUUAAGAAGAGGGGGACGAAAUGGCAAUGAAUCGCUGCGUUUUUUGGACCCAUCGGGCCAUACAGAUGCAAGAGGGUCAUCAGACACGAUGAAGUUCGAUUUGAAGAUGCGUAAGAAGGACAAACAGUUUGUGUCGACGGAUUAUCUAGACCAUGUCCUGUCAGUGGCCGCGGAUUUCAAGCACCAGCAACGGGACAUCAACCUGUUUGGUAUACAGUGCGGCAGGUGGAAGGGCCAAUCGUUCAAGCAUCCUUCCACUUUCGAUACCCUCGCCAUGAAGCCAGAGCUGAAGGCUGAAGUGAAAGCGGACCUGGACGCAUUUCAAAACAGUGAGAAGUAUUUUCGCCGGGUUGGACGGCCCUGGAAACGCGGCUAUCUCUUGUAUGGACCUCCUGGCACUGGAAAGUCAAGCAUGAUUGCCGCUAUAGCCAAUUACCUGAAAUACGACGUGUAUGAUUUAGAGCUUACCGAGGUUCAGAGUAAUGACGCCCUGAAGCGGCUGCUCCGGGACACUAAGAGCAGGUCUAUUAUUGUCAUUGAGGAUAUUGAUUGCUCGCUCGACCUUGCAGGAAAGCGCGACACAGAACCUAAUUCUAGUCGAUCGGAGGGUGUAAGGUGGCGCAUGAGAGGGGGCAGAAGCGGGGGCAGAAGCGGGGGCAGAGGCAGGGGCAGAGGCAGCGGUUCGGGGCCUAGAAACGUAACUCUAUCUGGUCUCCUUAACUCCACAGAUGGAUUGUGGUCUUGCUGCACUGACGAGCGUAUCAUCAUGUUUACUACCAACUACGUCGAGAAGCUCGACCAGGCCUUGAUCCGCCCCGGUCGAAUGGACAUGCACAUUCACAUGUCCUACUGCAACUUUGAAUCUAUAAAAUCACUUGCAUACACGUACUUGUCCAUCGAGAGCCAUCCUUUCUACGACACCAUAAGAAAUCUACUAAACGAAGGUAUCCUCAUCACUCCAGCUCAAGUGACGGAGCAUUUGUAUGCAAAUCGAAGUGAUCCGACUGCUGCAAUGCAGUCUAUCACAGCGGAGCUGGAGCAACUCAACGACACGGCCUUACGACCCGGAGUCUCAGAACCUUCGUGACACAAGUGUAUGAUGGAUCCUGUGUUGCCUUGUCUGCCUCGUUGGCUCCGUGAUCCAAGAUCAUCUAGUUGCAAAAAUUAUCAAUAAAAUGAUUUUUUGUUAUUUAUGAUU